UCAUUUCCUGCACAUAUAUAUACACACCUGCUAUAUUGCUCUAAAACUCAACCUAUAUCCUCACAACUCAAUUCUUAGCUAUGUUGUUCUACUUCAUUUUCUUUGCUAUUAUCUUCCUCUUCCUUCUCUUCAAGAGAAUAAUACUAACUCACAAUCCCAAAAACCAUAUUUCAUAUUUCACCACUUCUACUCACACCCCUCCUUCAUACCCCAUCAUAGGUUGCCUUAUCUCAUUCUACAAAAACAGCCACCGCCUUCUAGAUUUCUACACUCACCUUCUCUCCCAAUCUCCAACUCAAACAAUCCUCAUCAACCGCCUCGGCGCACGCCGAACCAUCAUAACCGCCAAUCCUCUCAAUGUUGAAUACAUCCUCAAAACCAAUUUCACCAACUUCCCUAAAGGUAAACCCUUCACAGAAAUUCUCAGUGACCUUUUAGGUUGCGGCAUAUUCAAUGUAGAUGGAAAGUUAUGGUCAAAACAACGUAAAAUAGGUAGCCAUGAAUUCACAACAAGGUCUCUCAAAGACUUUGUUGCAAAGACACUUGAAGAUGAAGUUCAACAAAGACUUAUUCCAUUGCUUGAAUUGGCUUCUGAUGGAAACCAUGUUAUUGACAUGCAAGAUGUUUUGAGGAGACUCACAUUUGAAAUUGUGUGUAAAGUUUCACUUGGCUAUGAUCCUUGUUGUUUGGAUUUAUCUAAACCUUUGCCACCACUUUUGUCGGCGUUCGACAAAGCUUCCGAGAUAAGUGCAAUACGCUCGCAUUCACCGAUUCAUUUGAUUUGGAAGAUCAAGAGGGUGCUUAAUUUAGGGUCUGAGAAAUUGCUUAAAGAAGCUGUUAAACUCGUUCACGAAUCAGUGAACGAAAUAAUAAGGAAGAAGAAAAAAGAAAUUAGUGAAAGAAAUAAUGUUAGUGGGAGUGAUUUGUUGACAAAGUUGUUGGAAGGAGGGCAUGAUGAAAUCAUGGUGAGAGAUAUGGUUAUUAGUUUUAUCAUGGCAGGGAGAGACACGACGUCGGCGGCAAUGACAUGGCUUCUUUGGUUAUUGUCAAAGAAUCCAAGCCAAGAGGAUUUGAUAGUAAAAGGAGUGAAGGAAGUUCUUGGAGGAAAAAACAAAGAUGAUGAGUUUGAGUUGAUGAGAUCUUUUGAUUAUGAAGGUUUGAAAGAGAUGAAGUAUUUGAAAGCUUGUUUGUGCGAAUCGAUGAGGUUGUAUCCACCGGUGGCGUGGGAUUCGAAGCAUGCUGCCAACAAUGAUGUGUUGCCGGAUGGAACUAGGGUUGGGAAAGGUGAUAGGGUGACUUAUUUUCCUUAUGGGAUGGGGAGGAUGGAGGCCUUAUGGGGUAAAGAUUGGAAUGAGUUUAAACCAGAGCGGUGGUUUGAAGAACCGAUCGAAGAAGGAGGUAAUAAUAACGAGGGGGUUUUGAAAUAUGUGAGCCCUUACAAGUUUUCGGUUUUUCAGGCCGGUCCAAGAGUUUGUCUUGGGAAAGACAUGGCUUUUAUUCAAAUGGAAUACGUUGUGGCUUCAAUUUUGAACCAAUUUGAAAUUAGGCCCGUAUCGAUUGACCAACCGGUUUUUGUUCCCUUUCUUACGGCUUAUAUGGAUGGUGGGUUCAACGUGAGGGUCCACAAAAGAGUUCAAAAUGGAACGUAUGGCCGCAAAAUGGGAGCAUAGAAUGGUGCUAGACAUGCUCUGCCAACAUGCGCUUACUUCUCUUUUAAUCUCUUUUAUGUAUUUUUCUCAUCCUAAUAUUUAUUUCCUUCUCUUUUUCAACAUAUAAUGUAUUUUCAUAAAGAUUAAUAAUGUACUGUAUUCAAAUAUUUCUAAGUUAUAUGAUGAGUUUAAAACAACUUGGUUAAA